AUGUAUGAUGCAAAAGAACUCCUGUCAAAGUUGAAGUCCACAGAGCCUGAACGGCAGCAAGAGAAAAUCAUUUCUCAACUAAACAAGUUUAUAUGUGCAAUAAAUGAAGACGAUGUUGUGAUAGACAGUUUGGAUGUCUUGGAGGUGAUCCUGCAUCAUGAUGCUAUGAACCUGGUACUAUCCCAUCUUCGUGGUGAAGUCUCCGAAGAGAAUGAGCAGCUGCUUGUCUCCUGUGCACAGUUGAUUGCAGAGCUCGCCAAGGCAGAAAGCCUCAGAGAAUCUCUGGUGAACACUGGUGUGAUUCCUCAUCUUCUAAGACACUUGUCUAGUAAACAUAUUGCCUUAGCCACACAAGCAUGCCGGGCUUUGGGAAAUAUAUGCUAUGAUAACGAUGCAGGUCGUAUAGCUGUAGAUAAGGAAGAUGGAAUUUCAGUUGUGUUGGGUGUUCUUUCUAAACAGACUGCCAACACCGAGGAGGGUGCGUCUCGUCUGCGGGUCAUUGUUUGUGGCUUCUUGUUGAAUUUAACUAACAACUGUGAGAUUCUGCAAGAGAGAGCACUAGAGAAGAAUGUGCUGGACCGUCUCAACGAGUGUGUCACAAGGCACAUCCAGGAUGAGGACCUCAUCAACAUGGCAUUGCUUACCACUGGCAGUAUUACUGAGUCCGAUGAGGGCAAGGUAGCAGCUGUCAAGGCAGGUCUCCUGGACACCCUGAAGAAGUUGAUUGACAUUCAUCAUGGGGGUCAUCUAGUGGAGCUCAUUAUUGACCUUCUCUCUUCACUCCUGGAGUCAGAGUUAGCGAAGGACAGGGCUGCAGAUAACGGCCUGUGUGAGUCGCUGGUCAGAAUGGUUGAGGCUGACUCAAAUAACCAGGAGUUGAUCAAGCUGGCUUCUGAUGUCCUUGUCUCCAUUCUUGUUGGAGACACCAGUAUGGAAAAGCUCUAUGCAUCAGGUGAAGGCUCUCUCUUUCUGCAGUCUCUAGAGUGGCUGUCCUCAGAGAAAGAGUGUCUCAAAACUCUGGGUACACUGGCAAUUGGCAACUUUGCUAGAAGAGAUGCCUACUGCCAGCACCUAGUAGAGAAAGGAGUGGUCAGCAGGCUUAUAUCCAUGCUGAAAUCCACUAGUGGCCAGGAAUCCUGUUUCACACUAGAACAUGCCAUCCUCAGCUCCUUGCGCAACCUGGCUAUUCCUGUUGUAAACAAGCCACGUCUGCUACAAGCUGGAGUCAUGGAAGCCUGCCUCUCCCUGAUCAACACAGAAGUCAUGGCUGUUAUCUUCAAGUUGCUUGGUGUUCUACGCAUGUUAAUUGAAGGACAAGAGGCAGCUGCCAUCAAAUUAGGUCAAGAGCGAGCUUUUCUGGAGCGCCUUAUUGAAUGGUGCGGGGUCGAGGCACAUGCAGGAGUCAAAGGUGAGGCCACAAGAGUAAUGGCAUCGCUGGUCAAAAACAGUCGGUCCACUGUGGUUAUACAGAAUAUAAUUCGUGGAGAUGGAUUAAGUCAUCUGAUCACCAUGACGAUGUCAGAGCACCUGGUGAUGCAGAACGAGGCUAUAGUGGCACUGAUUAUUAUAUGUAGCAUGGCUUUGGGAGAAGCAGCCAUCCCACUGAAAGAGGUUGGGCUGACAGACACAAUCCUCACAUUAUUAAGGGACAAGAACCUACCUGCUGAGAUGCUGUGUAAUGUCUUGAGUCUGCUCAGUGCAAUAUCUACUGCAGGAAACCUCCAGGAAGAAAUUCUCACAUCUGGGAUUGUUGACCUGGUUAGAUCUCUAUGUGAAAGCCCAGCAGAUGAAAAGAUCAAGGUGGCAGCCAGAUCAACUUUGACCUUAUUGGAAGAAUCUAUGUCAUGCACCUGA